AUGGAAACCUGUUCAACCAAGGGAAGUAAGAAAAAAGAAGGGGAAGAAGCCAUAAACAAUAGCCUCCCACCAAUUACACAAGAGGAAGCUUUGCAUAUUUUGGGAUUUCAGCCCCCAUUUGAAGAGAUUCGAUUUGGACCCUUUACUGGGAACACAACUUUGAUGAGGUGGUUCAGACAAAUUAAUGACUAUUUUCAUGUCAAAGGAUGUUCAUAUAUUCUGUAUAAACCACAUGGAAAGAACAAGACAGCUGGGGAAUCUGCUGCUGGGGCUUUGGCAAAGUUAACACAAGGAUUGAAAGAGGAAUCAAUGGCUUAUAUAUAUCACUGUCAGAACCAUUAUUUUUGUCCUAUUGGAUUUGAAGCUACCCCUACAAAAGCCUGUAAGGCUUAUAGAGGCCAGCUCUUCCAACAUGAAGUUGAAUAUUGGAUAUUGAUUGGCGAGCCAAGCAGGAAACAUCCAACAAUUCACUGUAAAAAGUGGGCAGACAUUGUAAUUGACUUGAACACUCAAAAUCCAGAAUAUUUUGAUAUUCGACACACUGAAAGGGGUCUGCAGUAUAGGAAAACAAAAAAGACUGGAGGAAACCUUCACUGUCUCAUAGCUUUUCAGAGACUUAGCUGGCAAAGAUUUGGUCCCUGGAACUUGCAGCUUGGGAAUCUGAGACCUGAACCUCAGCCACCUGUACAUACCCGGAGAAUUCCUAAAUCUGAAAGUGAAGACAAUGUCUCCAAGAAACAGCGUGGACGGCUGGGAAGAUCAUUCAGUGCAGGUUUUCAGCAAGAGCUUGCAUGGAAAAGGAUGAGCAAUAUUCAUGAGAGGAGGAGGAGUGGGUCACCUGAGAGUGAUACAGACUGUGAAGGCAAUGAUUAAUAUCUAACUGGGGAGAACAGUUGAAAACUUUGCCUGAAAAGUCAUGUUACUAUUUAUUUAUUUUUUAUAAUGGGAUUCAUGGUUUCCUCUGCUUGUGUUGGAUUAUGGUGCCCUGGUUUAGCCUAGAACUCAUUCUUAUCAAAUGUUUUAAGUUAGAUUAUUAAAAUACCAAAUAUUUGUAUUCAGUGUGUGCCCUUUUUAUGCCAACAAAAGAUUCAAAUAUUGUAACGUAACACUACUAGUGUGUACAAUUAAUAUUUGAGUAUAGCUUUUUUGUCUUACAAAAGUUAUGUAAUGGUUAAAGAAUACACAAUGUUAAAUACAUUUUUAAGAAAAAAUAAAUUUGUUUCUUUUUCUCUAAA